AUGAUGACCAAGACACUACCUUUUUCAUCGCUCGUGAGCUGGUUGACCGAGAAGACAAGAAGGAAGAUGGCAAGAGUUCUGAGGCUUCCUUUUUGGUCUGUGCUGUACACGUCGUGUGAUUCCGAUCCCUUGCAUGCUGAGGAUAAGGAAUAUUCCAUCAUCACUGAGAACGAAGUUGUCUUUCGUAGACAAGCGUGUGCCGUGGCAUUGCUGAAACGGAGCCCUGCGACCUUUCGAGCGGCCUAUGAAGGCACCUUGGAAGAAGGUGCCGUUCCUUCCAACGGCAACUUUGCGUCGCACCUCCAGUUGCUGACCAUGGGAGCAGAGUCCGAGUGGUCUCCCUUCGAGCUUGUCCACCUCUAUCUUCAGAACGGCUUUGCUCCGCUGUUUAAUGCGGUUGCCAAGCAGUCUGAAAGUGCGAACAAGACGGGUGCCGGCGAUGAUGACCGCGAGGAACUCAAGGUCGGCGUCCCGAAUGUGAUGCGCAAGAUCAUGGACCUGAGCAUGGCGCUGAUGCAGUGCCAGCAGAACGUUGAUAUCGAAAACAUUUCUCUUCCAAUAGAUCCAGAAAUUGCGGAGGCCUUCGAGAAGGCGAAGUCAGAAGGAAGGCAGCUAAGCACUGACGACUUUAAGGAACGUAUGAACGACUCGACCUUCCAGAAUCAACUCCAAAGCGGUGUUAACAAGUGGAGCAAGGAAAUUCAACGGGUUGCGAAGAUGCAGCGAGAUUCAUCGACGGGCAGCACGAUGCAAGAGAUUAACUUUUGGCUCGGCAUGGAGAAAGUCCUCAAUGAUGCUCAGCAGCAGCUGCAGACGCCGGAGAUCCAGCUGACUCUGAACCUCUUGCGGGGCGCACGGCGCUUCCUGGCCACCAUGUCCUUCGAGGCGGACACGGGGCUGAAGCCUGCCAUCGAGAAGGUGUCGAAUUACCUCAGCUUGCUCCGUGACUUCCCUAUCAACGAGCUACUCGUGGCAUCCUCUAUUGAGCAACUGACGCAGGCCGUGCGGACGAUCUUCAACCAUCUGAAGAGAAUCCGAAACGCAAAUCAGUACCCGCUUUGGAGGGCCUACAAUCUCGUCGAAGCUGUCAGCCGGGAUCUUUCAGAUCGCCUGCUGAAGAUCUUGUCAACGCAGCGGCUCAUGCAGCAGGAUGCAGAGAUGUUCAGCCAGAACAUGUCCAACUGCCAAGAGCUCUUCCGCGUGUGGAAGGAUGAGGUGGGGCAAUUUCGGCAACUGGUCAGGGAGCAGCUGAAAAAGCGCGGCAACGAGCGGCCGACAGUGAAGAUCAACUGUGAGCAUGAGCAGCUCCAGGCGCGGAUCGAGGAGCUCCAGAAGUUCCGGAGGCAUCACAUGAAGCUUCAAGAGAUCAUCGAGCGGGUGCUCGUGGACGGCAAGGAGACCGGUGCCAAGGCAGAAGUUGCGGCAGCCUACCAGCUCGUCGAGCAGGUGGAUGUUCUGGAUGUGAGCCGCAGGGGUCAGCAGGAAUGGGAGAGCACUCAGCGUCGCUACGACGAGCGUAUCGACCAUGCAGAGAGUGAGAUCACUGCGAGGCUUCGCGACAAGCUUGGAGCUGCCAAGACUGCGACGGAAAUGUUCCGCGUCUUCAGCCGGUUCAAUGCGCUCUUUGUUCGUCCCCGGAUUCGAAGGGCCAUUCAGGAGUACCAGUCUUCUUUGAUCCAACAGGUGAAGGAGGACGUGCAUCGCCUGCAGGAGAAGUUCAAGGAGACCUAUGAGGGCACCCAGGCUUGCAAGCUCACGGCCAUCCGUGGAUUGCCCCCAACGGCCGGGCUCAUCGUUUGGGCCAGGCAGCUCGAGCGGCGCCUGGCCAUUUACAUGAGCCGUGUCGAGGAUGUACUCGGCAAAGGAUGGGAAAACCAUGUGGAUGGGAAGAAUCUGAAGCAGGAGGGCGAUGCUUUCGCCAGAAAGAUGAAGACGAGCCAUAUAUUUGAUGAGUGGCUGGCUGACACAAAGGACUCCAAGAAGUUUGACGUGAGCAUGCGAAUCUUCGACAUCCAGCAGGGCUAUCAGACCUACCUGCUAUUGGUCAACUUCGAUGAGCAAAUCAUCACUCUCUUCAAGGAGGUGCGGAAUUUGCAAGCUCUGGGCGAUUACCGUGUCCCUUAUGCAAUCAAGGUGAAUUCUGACGAAGCCAAGCAGAACUAUCCCUUUGCUAUGACAUUGCAAGAGGCCGCACGGACGUACAUGCAGACUUGCGCGCAGAUCAAAGCCGACCAUCAACCACUGAUGGCCUCGUUUCAGAAGGGCGUGCAGGACUUGAUAGCCGACGGUCUCCAUCUGAAGUGGGAUGAUCAGAAGAUCGAGAGCUACACCCAAAAGCUUUCUGAAACCGUCUUCCAGUUUCAACAGAAGUUCACCGAGCUCGAGUCGAUGGCGGAGCAGAUGUCCCGCACUAUUGAGAGCCUGGACGACGUGAAUGUGAGGCAAGAAAGCAGUGCUCAAGAGAUGCUCUUGGCCAAGUUCGAGAAAAUGCAGAAGACUGUUGACGACAUGAACUUGGCGAGCUUCUCCAACAUGGACACUUGGGUGCAAGGCCUGAACAAACAGAUCGAACAGAGGCUUGUUAAGCUCCUGGCGGCGACGAGCGCCCAGUGGCUGCAGGAAUUCAAGAGAUGGCCAUUGAAUGGCAACAACUUGAUUCAGGAAGCCGCCGUGCAACUUGCAGUGCUGGAGCUUCACAUGCAGACAUCCCCCUCAGGAGUACGCUUGGUUCUGGAGCCUCAGAAGGAGUUUGCGAUGACGCACUGGGUGAAGCAUUACCACGACUGUUUGGGGAUGGUGUGCAACCUGCCUUUGCUCCAAGCAGCCCGCUUCGAUGCUCUUAAGCGCGGGGCAAAGGAGUCUGCUGCGACGCACCGGGGUCUCAUCGCACUCUUGGACCAAAAGACCCUUAUCGAGGUCUACGAUCAUGUCAGCAGCACUGUGGAGGACAUGCAGGAGUAUGUCUCGAGCUGGAUGCAGUACCAGUCGCUUUGGGAGAUCAACACCAGUGCGGUCCUCUCGCGACUCGGCGAUGAUCUCAGCCGAUGGCACAGCAUGUUGACCGAGAUCCAGUACCUCAGCUCUCGCUUCGAAGGCUCCGAGCAGGAGAAGUACUUUGGCCCCAUUGUGGUGGACUACAGCAAGGUCCAGUCCAGGGUCAAGGCCAAGUACGACCAGUGGCACCGUGACCUUCUCAACUCCUUCGGGGAGAAGGUCAGGGAGGCCAUGAGCGAGUUCUUCCGCCAGGUGAACCAGGGAAGGGAGCGCCUGGAAGCUGUCGAUGGCAGCGGCGACCUCACGGUGGUCUGCAUGGCAGUGCUGAAGGUGAAAACCAGCGCCGAGAAAUGGAGCCCAGAGUUUGAAGAGCUGCAGAAGGCGCAGAAGCUGCUUGUGAAGCAGCGAUUCCAGUUUCCAGAGGAUUGGAUGCACAUCGAGCAAGUGCAGGGUGAGUGGGAGGCAUUCGAACAAAUCCUAACCCGACGCAACCGGAUACUUGAUCAUGAACUACCGAAGCUUCGAUCGGUGUUGGUCCAGAAAGACAAGCAGCUGGAGGAAAGCAUCACUCAGCUCUAUGCAGAAUGGUCCAGCCAGAAACCGGUUCAGGGUGGCUUAAAGCCAACCGCUGCCAUGCAAGCGAUCAAGGACUUUGAUGAGCGCCUCUUGAUGCUCCGGGAACAGCACAGCCAGCUCGUGCAACUGAAAAAGUCCUUGCAGAUGGAGGUGGGUGACGUGGAAGCAUUGGCGCCGUUGCAGGAGGAAAUGGGAAACUUGAAGGAUGUGUGGUCCGAGAUCAAUACGGUGCACAGCCGAGUGGAAACGUUGAAGGAGACUUUGUGGACUGCAGUGGAGCCCAAGCGCAUCAAGCACGCAUUGGAGGACCUGCUUUCGAAUAUGAAGCAGAUGGACCGGCGGUUGCAGCAGUACGAGGCAUUCGACCACAUCCAGGAGCAACUUCAGGCUCAGAUAAAGCUGAACCAGGUCGUGGCAGAGCUGAAGACGGAUGCGCUCAAAGAGCGUCACUGGAAGCAAAUCGUCCAAAUGCUAAAGCUUUCAGUUGGCUUCAAUGAGCUGACGCUGGGACAUCUCUGGGACUCCAACCUUGAGAAGCACCAGCCAGCCAUCAAGGAGAUGCUCGCCAGAGCACAGGGCGAAAUGGGUCUGGAACAGUUCCUGGCAGAGGUUCGAGAGAAAUGGAGCAACUACGAUUUGGAACUGGUGCCCUACAAGAGCAAGUGCCGGCUGAUCCGGUCUUGGGAUGACCUGUUUAGCCAGCUGGAUGAGCACCUCCAGAGCAUUCAGUCGAUGAAGAUGUCUCCGUACUACAAGUCUUUCGAAGACGAAGGCGCUACUUGGGAUGACAGGCUGAACAAGAUUCGCAUUGUCUUUGACUUGUGGAUGGACGUGCAAAGACGGUGGGUCUACUUGGAGGGUAUCUUCGGCAGCAGCGCAGACAUCCAGCAGCUGCUCCCCAACGAGUUUGCCCGCUUCAAGACCAUCGACUCCGAGUUUGUUGGUCUGAUGAAGAAGGUGGCGGCCAAGCCCAAGGUCCUGGAGGCCGUCGGAAUUGAGGGGGUCCAGAAGCAGCUGGACCGCUUGUCGGACAUGCUCACGGCCGUGCAGAAAGCAUUAGGCGACUACCUGGAGAAGCAGCGCUCACAGUUUGCACGCUUCUACUUCGUCGGAGAUGAGGACCUUCUUGAAAUGAUCGGCAACUCGAAGGAUGUUGCAGCGGUAAGCCGCCAUCUUGCGCGGCUCCUGGAUGUUGAGCAGGACGAAGUUCUCACCAAACUCCAGCCUUAG